AUGAAAAGAGUUAAUAUUGAUAUACUUGGAUGCAGCGAAGUUAGAUGGCCCAAUUCGGGUCACUGUAAGAUUGAUGACUAUGAUGUAUAUCACUGUGGAGAUACAACAACACAAAACAGAAAUGGAGUAGCUAUGAUAGUCAGCAAAGAAGUGAACAAUUGUGUAAUUAAUUUUAUGGGUAUAUCAAACAGAGUGGCACUACUUAAAAUUAAUGUCAAACCUUUUAAUAUAAAUAUUAUACAGUCAUACGCUCCAACCUCAGAAAGCUCUGAUCAGGAAAUCGAAAUAUUUUACGAACAGCUACGGACAGCCUUGAAAUACACAAAAAAACAAGAAGUCAAUAUCCCGUUAGGGGAUUUCAAUGCUAAGGUUUCAAGGGCAAAGGUUCUGUUGGCAAUGUUGUGGGAAAUUUUGGCCUGGGAAUGA